UCACCUCUAGGCUGUGAUGCAGUUCGUGCUUAGACGAUCCAUUCCGUUCACACACAGAGACACACACACGCGCGCUCAGUGUCACUCUGCAGCUUCACACACAGUGCGCGCGCCCUCAGCUUUACGCGUCCGACAUCUGCAGCCAUCCCGACUAACCGUAUCAAGCCAUCGAUGGAGGUAGCACUCUCAGCGACACAAGGAGAGCUCUUUCAGUGACAGAAAUGCCCCGGUGUACAGUGAGAUCUGAACAAAAUGUGGAACACAUGUCCGGUCCUAACUGAAGCCUCCGUUGAGAGCUGGGAAUCUUAAAGGAAACCCACAGACGUCUUUUCUCUCGUUUGCGCACACAGCGGUUUGUAUAUGCAAACGGUGGUUCACUUCAGGAAGCCAUGGAGGGACUCGUCUAAGGAGGACCCAACGUAAUUGUCUUUUCCCAGUUGUCUUCUGGUUGAUUUUCGUCCCUGCACCUCUUCCUGGCGAGAGUCGCCUGUCCCCACACGCACAAUGGCAGAGAAGACUGGACUGGGGGUUCCGAAACCUGGAGGCAAAUCCUCGACUUCGCUUCCACCCGAGCCUAUCGAGAUCAUCCGGACCAAGGCCCGCUCCAGGAGGGUCCGCAUCAACGUCGGGGGCCUCAACCACGAGGUCUUAUGGCGGACCUUGGACCGACUUCCCAGAACCAGAUUAGGCAAGCUCAGAGACUGUAACACCCACGAGUCACUAAUGGAGGUCUGCGACGACUACUGCCUGAACGAGAACGAGUACUUCUUCGACAGACACCCCGGCGCGUUCACGUCCAUCUUGAACUUUUACAGAACUGGAAAGCUGCACAUGAUGGAGGAAAUGUGCGCCCUAUCUUUCGGGCAAGAGCUCGAUUACUGGGGCAUCGAUGAGAUCUACCUGGAGUCGUGCUGCCAGGCUCGCUACCACCAGAAGAAAGAGCAGAUGAACGAGGAGCUGAGGAGAGAGGCAGAGACUCUGAGAGAAAGGGAGGGAGAGGGGGAAUUUGAUAACACCUGCUGCUCAGACAAGAGGAAGAAACUUUGGGACCUUUUGGAGAAGCCAGGUUCCUCAGUUGCUGCUAAGAUAUUGGCCAUCAUAUCCAUUCUAUUCAUCGUUCUUUCAACAGUUGCACUGUCCCUGAACACCUUGCCCGAACUCCAAGUCACAGACGAAUUUGGCCAAGCCAAUGACAAUCCUCAACUCGCUCACGUUGAAGCCGUGUGUAUUGCAUGGUUUACAAUGGAGUAUCUCCUGCGCUUCCUGUCAUCACCAAACAAGUGGAAAUUCUUCAAAGGGCCACUCAAUGUCAUUGACUUGUUAGCUAUAUUACCCUACUACGUCACUAUUUUUCUGACCGAGUCGAACAAAAGUGUGCUGCAGUUCCAGAACGUGAGGAGGGUGGUACAGAUAUUCCGCAUCAUGAGAAUAUUGAGGAUUCUGAAGUUGGCGAGACAUUCGACAGGACUGCAGUCUCUUGGGUUCACCCUCAGGCGCAGCUACAAUGAGCUCGGCUUACUCAUAUUGUUCUUAGCCAUGGGAAUCAUGAUAUUCUCAAGUUUGGUCUUCUUUGCCGAGAAGGAUGAGGAUGCCACCAAAUUUACCAGCAUCCCAGCUUCAUUUUGGUGGGCUACAAUCACCAUGACAACAGUGGGCUAUGGAGAUAUUUACCCUCAGACUCUGCUUGGCAAAAUAGUUGGUGGACUUUGCUGCAUUGCUGGAGUGCUGGUCAUUGCCUUACCCAUCCCUAUUAUUGUGAAUAACUUCUCAGAGUUCUACAAGGAGCAGAAACGACAGGAGAAAGCCAUCAAGAGAAGAGAGGCCUUAGAACGAGCUAAGAGGAACGGAAGCAUUGUCUCAAUGAACUUGAAAGAUGCCUUCGCACGAAGCAUGGAGUUAAUGGACGUUGCCGUGGACAAAAAUGACGAUAAACAGCCAAUGGACAACCACCUUUCUCCGAGCCGGUGUGAUAUUCCAAAGCGCACAUCCUCGGAUACCAGCCUCAGAUCCUUCGACAAGAAGUUUCCUGACAGCGGCCAACUCGGGUCACGGGAAUACGUCAGAACUCCUAGUCCACAGCAUCUGAACGUUCAGAAACUGGAGGAGAUGUAUAACCAGAUGACAAAGACACUGUCCUUCUCGGAUCUCAGCACAACCAACAGCACACAACCUGUGGCCGUGUCAAAACAUGAGGUAGAGUUGGAGAUGAACGAAGUCCCGACUGCCAAUGAGGGGCAACCCAAGGAAAGAGCCAUCACAGAGGUCAGAAGCAUAUCGAGCGUUGACAGCUUUGCAAGCUGCACUGCUGAAUUUGGACAGUGUGAGAAGGUAUCCAGCCCUUCUUAUACAGCAGAGCAAAUUCAGCAAAGGCAACCGAAAGUACCUUUGAAUAUCCAACACGGCCAGCUGACCCCCUCUGAAAUAAGUCCCGUGGAGAACCCUGGGACUGUCAACCGAGACACUGAUGGUGAGAACUUCAACGAGAUUGUAGAGAACAUCAGAAGCUCCAUUCGUGGCACAAACCCAAUGAAGACAAAGGGCCUCAAAGUCAACUUCAUUGAAACGCCAGAGGAUGCUCCUCUGACACCGCCUAACACUUCUUCUCCACAGGAUGUCAACAACAGUCUUCUGGAAGAUGACUCCCCGGAAGGAGAGUGCUCUCCUCUCUGUUCGGAUUCGGAGACGCUGGGUAGUAUCCCAAUAACAGGCUUGGUUCUUUCUCCGAAGAUGCUGGCCGGCAGAUACCAUCCUGGAGAGACGGCACUGCUUCUGGGGAACCUGGAGGAACAGGAGUACCAUGAGGAACAGAACCAAAUGGAAGUGGCUUCCGCAGCCAUCUCCUCACCCAAACUAGCAGCGCAGAACUGCACUGUCGGUGUAGUCAGCGGUAAUGAGGAGGAAAAGCCAGACUCCAACCAAACUGAACACAAGAUGGAGAACCACAUGUUUACGCCGGAGAUCCAUCUAAUGCCAGGGGACGGCAAUCACUCGCCAUCUUGCGAAACCGGGAUGUGACUGUGGCCUGACAUUUGGACAGAAUGGAGCGCACUGGGGGAGAAAAGGCACGCAGAUGUGGUCUGGUCUGAAAGAUAUUUUUGCAUGGCAUGAAAAGUCCCUUGUAAUUGUGUUAUUGUCAAUAGCGCAAACGAGACUGCAGUUCUUGCAGAUGAGACCUGGAGAAUGUGGGUGCAAACUAGAGGCUUGUUUAGAAUGUAUUUACCAAACAAUGAGGACAUCGUUGACCUACCUGUACAUUUUACCUUUUCACUUGUUUUAUCAUUUUAUAGAGACUGUCAGAACAUGAGCAUGCAUAUUAACAAAGCUGUUUUACGGUGCUUAGUUUGCUGAGAGCACUCCACGGUAAAUAUAGAGACUACAGCUAUGAAAAUGCACAGAGGGCAAAGUAGAUAUCAAAAGGGUUUUUUUGUUAGCCUUUUUUUCUGUUUUAAAGAGGGAAUUUAUCAUCAAAGACUGUGAAUAGUGAGCUGCAAAGUAGCGACGUAUUGAAACAUAUCAUGACUUUCUUUAGAAAAGCAAUGUGUACCUAAUGCAGAUGUGUUUUGUGUUACGGUUUAGGAAUGGUCUAUAAUAUCACAUAUUUAUUUGGGGAUUUUUUUUUUCUUUUUUUUUUUUGGUUUGAUUAUUUUUGGUUUGGUACUCAAAUUAGCAGCAUCAAAAUCUUGACUCAAUGACCAGAUGGAUUGCUCUUUCUUCUUGAUAUUAAAGUUGCAUACACACCUAUAGUUGCCAAAAGAGAAUAGCAAUCAGAUAAUAUACAGUAGAUAAAAAUGCUAAUUAUUUAUUGACUUAUGUAUCGCGAUAGCUUCUUUCAAAAAAAAAAAAAAAAAACAAGCUUAAUAACCUGCUUUUAAGUUCAAACAUGCAUCAUACAAACACAUGGUUACAGCAGGUAUGUGUGUCUUAACUUAUCUUUACAUACUCAAAUAUACCAUAGCACAGCAAAGAGUUGAUUUAGAUACAAUUAGUCAAUGAUCAAAUCAUUAAAACCUCUGGUCAUUCUGGUCAUUAAAACCUAGAAAUAUUGUUCACACAUUUCCCUUUUAAAACUACUGUAAAAACCUCUUGGUUUAUCAAAAGGACCAAUACUUUACACAGACAUCAAUUUUUUUUCUUUUUUUCUAUUUGACAAGAGUACAGUCGUGUAAAUGGCUCUACAGUUAAUUUUUCACAUGAGUUGUUUCAUUAUUAUCCAUAUUUCACCACUUCUGUAUCAUUCAGAUGUGGUGUCAUUUCUUAACGGAAACUCACAUUUGUCCAGUUUUACUAAGUAUUGAAGAAUAUUUAUUUUUCUUUUGAGUUAGGCCUAUGUAUUAUCAUCUGGCCAAGUUUUUUUUUUUUUUAUUCCUGUCACCUGAGAAAAUAUUAAUUUUAUGUUGCCUUUAUUUCAAGAUUGCUGGAAGUAUAUGUAUAUUACUUGCUUUGGCAUGGCAGUUGGCUGAUUGUUCAAAAUGUACAUUGUGUUUGGAGAGAUCUGAAUAGGCCGAAUCAAGAUUGGGAAAAGACCAGGAGGAGGAACUCAAGACUUCAGCUGGCUCUCGCGGUUACCCUAUAGUGGAAAGUGCAAUACAGCAUACUGCAAUCUAUGCAGGCCAAGAAUUGUGGCACUUUAUUUACAGUCUAAUGGAUUUGUAAGUGUACAGGCAGAGACUUCAAUUGUAUUUUUCAGAUGAUAUAUCUUUAAUAUUUAAAAUAUCAGUGUUACCACUCAAAAAAAGAUUUGUCGUUUUACAAAAACACUGCGUUGCCGUCAGAAUCACUCGGGUUAUACUCUUCAAACAAGAUUCUCUUGACAAAAUCGACCAGGAGGGUCUUUUAUAAAUGUCUACAAACAAAUAUGAAAAACAAACUUGUGAAAUAAUUUAAUGGGCUCCUGAAAAGUAUUUUAUGUUUUAUUAAUUAAUGCUGACAGUGGUUCUAUUUUUUCUAAACCAAAAUUCUGCACGACCACAAUUUCCUGCCAUAGGGUGGUUUAAAUGACACGUGCCUGUUCAUAAACAUUUAUGAGAAGGCUACAAAUAAGUUGGCUUUGUUCAUAUAGCACUGUACAGAAAAUUAUACUUUUUAUAGGGGGAAAAAAAAAUCAGGUCUUUAAGUAAUAGAUAUGCGUAACAUUAAGUUCUCAGGUUUUCUACGACACUAAUCUUCUAAUAUGGUGGAUGUCUACGUUUUCCUCAUUUAAAAGAAAGCAUCGGUUUGUUUCUUUUGUUGUCCUUGUUUUUAAAAAGAAUGUCAUCACAUGCCUAAUUUGGUUGACAGACUGUUGAAUAAUGGCCCAUCUCAUGCAUUCCCACAGGACGGUCAGCUUCCCUGCUGUGCUUUAUUAUGCCUCAUAUAUACAACGGCCCCCCAAAAAUAUUUGGUCAAAAUGUAUGAAUUUUUAACAAAAUAUCAAAUGAAGUGGCAUUUAUUUAAAGAUACAUAGCACAAGCACACUUUUAAAGCAAAACGUUUUACAAAAAGACGGGUUAGGUUUCAAAAUUGGGACACUUUAUGGUUGUCAAAUACUAGAAGGAAAAUGUACUCAAAAGUGACUCAAUCCCUUUGAAAAAUCAAGAAAAGUUGAGAAGAGGAGCAUGCAAAUUCUACUUGGUGUGAUAUUUUGUAUCAAAUUCAAUGGCGUUCACACAAGUGUCCAAAUAUUAUGUGGAGAUAAUUAUCGAGGGUAAGAUAAAUGAAGUUUUGUUACCAGUUUUGUGCCUGGCUAGCACUGCCUGUAGGCACCUCUGUUAUGAUAAAUGAAUGGAAUUUGAUUUCAGAGCAAGAUAUCUUUUCAGCAUGUUAAAUCUUCUACAAUUUCCUCAGUACCGUAUACACAUCAACAAGGAAUAGUUCAACAACAAAAAAACGGAAAAUUCUGUCAUUUAUUCACCCCCAUGUCUUUCCAAACGUGUAUUACAUAAUUUCUUCAAAGAUAUUUUGUCCUAACAAUGAAAGUAAAUUGGGUUCAGUGUUGUUUUGGACCCCAAUGGCUUUCAUUAUAAAACUGUUGAAACAUUCUUCAAAAUAUCUUUUGCGAGAAAACAUGAGGAUGCAUAAAUGAUGGCACUUUCCUUUUUUGGAGUAACUAUCCCUUUAAGCAAGAUGAAAUGCUGUCCUAUAUCAUAUAAGUGCUUGCAUUUGCUCAGAAAUUCAAUUUCAGAGCCUUGAUCAUUUGAACAUAUCAUAUCUUGUUAAUUGGUAUCCCAAUAUACUGUAUUUAUCUGUCAACAGCAGACUCUCGUGUGUGUUGCAGCAUUUCAUAAUUACAGUUCCGAUUCAAAUAUUGCACAAAUAAAAGUUUCACACCAUUUAGCACCUGUUGAAUCAAGGCAAAUGAGUGGGGCUCAAAGUCAGUACUGUUAAACUUUUUGUUUUCUUCAUAACUCAAACACCAGGCAAUCACCUGCUUUUUUACCUGUAGCAUGUCAUCAUAUGACUAUAGAAGCAUCUCCCAUGAGCCUUUAUGGGAGCAGUAGAUGCAAAGGGAUUUGUGUCUGUGUGAAUUUGCUCAUGUGUGAACAGUAAAAUGAAUUCUAACAGCUGAUGGACUGUGAACAAGCAUGUUUCUCAUUACAUGAUCAUGUGUGAUAUAUUGUCUUGGCAAGCGUGUGUUUUCGUUUCUUUUUUGUUUGUUUGAAAGCGAGGUUAAAUAUGAAUGUUUCAUCCAUGUGUCAUAGCCUGUUCUCCCAUGCAUAUCUGCUACACUGUAUUUCUCUCCUCUCACUGCCUCUUCUUUUCUGUUUUUUGUUUGUUUAAAUGUUAUCUUGUAUCUCAAUGUCCGUAGACACCUUUACACUGCAGACUGUUUCUGCACAUAUCAGCAUCUUUGAAUGCAUGUAGUAGUCUGUACAAUUAUGUGAUCACAGAACACUUUGUCAUGGUACAUGUGUGUCAACAUUUCUGUAAAAUAAACCGCAUUGUCUAUGUUAAGUCUACUAGCAUAUGCAGGAUAUCAAAUAAAUGUGUAAAUAACUCACUUGUGUUCUGCA